ACGUUUUAUGAAUGAAUGGCAAUUGAAGCUAGCUAACAUUAGCUUUAGUCACCAACACGUUAUAAGUUAACGAUAGUGGAUAGUUCCGUUUCUAACUUGUGUAACUCCCAUCACAAAGUAAUACUGUGCUCCCCCCUCAGAGUAUGAGACAUGGACGGUCAUAAAAUAACCAAAGUGGUCCUGCUGGCCUGCGGGUCCUUCAACCCUGUGACUAACAUGCACCUGAGGAUGUUUGAACUGGCCCGAGACCAUCUGGAGGACACAGGUCUGUACAGGGUGGUGAAGGGCAUCAUCUCUCCGGUGGGCGAUGCCUAUAAGAAGAAGGGUUUGAUCGAGGCCUGCCAUCGUCUGGAGAUGGCCAGAUUGUCCACAGAGAACUCCGACUGGAUCACGGUUGAUUCGUGGGAAAGCUUGCAGCCAGAGUGGGUGGAGACAGCCAAAGUCGUUCGGCAUCACUAUGACCAACUGCAGCCAGCAGAGCAGACCGACGAUGACGUGGACACGGUCAAGUAUGCAAAAAAGAGACGCGCAGAGAAGCCAUCUCAUCGCACAAAGAGAGGCGGCCCUCAUCUAAUGUUGCUGUGCGGGGCUGAUGUCCUCGAGUCCUUUGGGGUACCGAACCUGUGGAAGCAGGACGACAUCGCUGCGAUCGUGGGCCGCUACGGUUUGGUCUGCAUCACCCGCAGCGGCAGCGACCCCCACAAGUUCAUCCACGGAUCAGACAUGCUGUGGAAGUAUCGCAAGAACAUCCACGUGGUCCACGAAUGGGUGACCAACGAGAUCUCCGCCACUCACGUGCGGCAGUCGCUUCGGCGGGGUCGCAGCGUCCGGUACCUGCUGCCGGACGCCGUGGUUCGUUACAUACAAGAGCAGGGCCUCUACACCGCCGAGAGCGAGCAGAAAAACGCCGACGUGAUUCUAGCCCCCCUUCAGAGAUACUCUGGUGCCUCCACAAGCUGAGGAAGAUAUGAGUGGAGCUGCUUUGUUUCACAGUGAGAGCUCCCACCAGUGCCUUCUGGAAAAUCAGCAGUUCUUUCUAGACAUGGGUGUUUUUUAAUGAGACAAAUCUACCACUUUUCUGAGCAAAGUGAUUUAGUAACAAUUGAUUAUUGUGUGUGUGUGUGUGUGUGUGUGUGUGUGUGUGUGUGUGUGUGUGUGUGUGUGUGUGUGUGUGUGUGUGUGUGUGUGUGUGUGUGUGUGGAAAAUUACAAUAUAAAGAAACCGCACAACUGCGUGGAAAAUCAUCCAAACGUCAUUGCUACUGUAGAAAUAAUCGGGUGUGUGAUUAUUGAGCUAUUGGUUUGCAAGUAUUUUGCCAAAUUAAAUAACUCAUUGAAUACUUUACCACAGUUUACACAGACGUUGUUGCAGUAAAACAUUGAAACACUACCCUAAAGACGAGCAGGACUGAUUGAAAUGUUGAUUUAUUCAAACAUCGACAGAUAUAGUAGAUACAGGCAGCAUUGUGGAGACAAAAAAACAAACAUGAAUUUGUGCCAAUACACAUCUUUGAAAGCAGGCUUCUCUGCAUCGUUUCCUUUUGACAGUGCGAGAUUCAAGCAAUCAGUUUGGAACGUGUAUUGCCAAACGGUCCGUGGGUGGGGAACUUUGAGUGGCAGUGUUUUGAAAAGGAUAACAGGUGACUUUACGUCACAGAGAACUGUGUGCAUCGUGUUGCAAAAUGUGCCAUGUUGAAUAAUGACAAUAAUUGUGCUUUGUGUCACAUCACUGUGUUGGAUUGAAAACUAUCGCGGAGUCCUGAAAAUGAAGGAGGGAUUAGCAAUGUCUGGAGCUGAAAUAAACAACACCUCUUUGACUCUCACAUCGGGAGCUUUUUAUUGCUCUUCCGAGAAACUCAGUAAAGGAAGUGCAACCUUUUCUGUCAUUAAAAUGCUGUUUGUCUGCUGGGGGUUAAUUAUCUUUCAGCUCAUCGUCACUGAUGGAAUAUGAUUAAAAUAAAGAAAUCCUACUUCUGAA